AGACCGAAGAGACGCGCCGUUGCCAUGGCAGCCGGGUGCUGGUUGCAUCAGGAGCCAGCCCGGGGGUGUCACCCUUGCCUCACCAGAGCUUAGAAAAGGAGAGCAUUGUUCAUUGACAAGUGGAGAAAUGGAUGAAAGUAAAUCGAUAGAUUCAAAAGAAAGUGGGGAAUAUGAGGAUGACUUUGAGAAGGACCUGGAGUGGUUGAUCAAUGAUAAAGAAAAAAGUAAUGGCGGCAUAAUAGAGAUGACUUGCAAGAAGGAAGACGAUCUUGACCAGGAAUUAAAAGAGGAUGAACCAGAAACAGAACACAGCCAACAGCUCUCUGAUCCAGAUAAACCCUUAAAGGACGAGGCCUCCCUCAGAAGAAAUGACUUCAUUUCCGUCCCAAGCAUUCAGCCCUUGGAUCCCAUAUCAGACUCAGACAGUGAGAACUCCUUCCAGGACUUCAAACAGGAAAAUCAGAGAGAGCUGGAGGAAGAAGAGGACGAGGAAGUAAGGAGAUAUAUUAUGGAGAAAAUUAUAGAGGCGAACAAGAUCCUACAGAAUCAAGAGCCUGUGAAUGAUAAAAGGCAGCGAAAACUGAAGUUCAAGGACAAGUUAGUUGAUUUAGAAGUCCCACCAUUAGAAGACAGCGACACUUGCCAAACUUUCUCAGAAAACGAAAACAAUAUGUCUGGAAAACUGUCUCAGCUAUGCAUUUCUGGUGAACUAGGACAAGAGAAGGUGGUCCUGUCAGUUCCUGACAGGAGCUGUGAAGACAACGAUAGGAAGAUACUGGUAGAGAGAGAUGGGAAGUUUGAACUUAUGAAUUUACAAGACAUCGAGAGUCAGGGCUUUCUGCCUCCCAUUAAUAGUGCUAACAGUACAGACAAUGAAACCCCCCAGUUGCCGCUCAGGUCUCCCACCCCGUCUGCUGGUGGUGUCAAGAAAGAAGAGCCUGCAGCAAAGGUUCACACUGUGGCUGUCUCCCCAACAGAGGAGCCACUGGCUCAAGUCCCUCAGCCACCACCCAACCCCAAGAUUCGUCCAAGCUCUGCUGUCAACCCAGAUCUAAAUAAAAGAAGCAGGAGAUGUAAUCACAGGAUACAGUCUGCCAAUGUCUCUCCAGUGACCUCAACGUAUUGUCUGUCGCCACGGCAGAAAGAACUCCAAAAGCAGCUAGAACGGAAGAGAGAAAAGCUAAAGAGGGAGGAAGAACAACGCAAAAUAGAGGAAGAGAAUGAGAAGAAGAAAGAGAACGAGAUGGUGUUCAAAGCAUGGCUACAGAAGAAAAGAGAGCAGGUCAUCGAGAUGCGGAGAGUCCAGCGGGCCAAGCAGAUCGAAGACAUGAACAGCAGGGUGAGAGACGUCCCCUGUGAGACCCAGCAUCAGAUACAGAAGGGAGUCAGGAGGAGGAAUCGGGGCCCAAGCCUAGCCCUGCAGAAGCAGGUGAACCGAGACCCACAAGCGGCCUUCCGAUUAUGGCUUAAGAAAAAGCACGAGGAGCAGAUGAGAGAAAGGAAGACAGAGGAGCUCAGGAAGCAGGAGGAGUGUUUGUUCUUCCUGAGAGGAACAGAGGGCCGUGAGCGGGCCUUUAAACAGUGGCUCAGAAGAAAACAGAUAGAAAAACUAGCCGAGCAACAGGCUGUCAAAGAGAGAGCCAGGCAGCUCCGGCUGGAAGCACGGCGCUCCAAGCAGCUACAGAGCAACCUGUACAACAUGCCCGAAGCCAAGUCUUUCCGCUUUACUGACCACUACAACUGAAGCUGUCUGGGAAAGCCUGUAUUGAAAACUGCUGUCACCAGAGUUUUGGAUGUCAUUUCCCAUGGAGCCUGUGUCUUGACAAUACUUGAAAUUACAGAGUGGGUUUUGUCUUUUGGUAAUGCUGAUGGUGAAUUUUUAUUGUCUUCACGCUAGCACAAAAUAAACGUCUCUCAAGUGUUGAA